AGUGGUAGUGUUUUGUUCACCUUCAAACAUGAUGAAUCUUGUCGACGAAUUUGCGCCUAAAAGCGCUCUCCAGGCGCUGGUGCCCAUCGCACUUGUCACGUUUUUGGUGUGGUACAUGCAGUACCAUUGGAACCGUAGGCGCCUCUACAAAAUGGCGGCCCUGUUCGAUGGGCCCAUCUGUUUGCCGUUUGUUGGCAAUGGACUAUACUUCGUCGGCUCCACGAGUGAUAUCCUGCAAAACGUCAUCUCGCUGGUGAGCAAUUUUAAACUGCCGGUGAGAGUGUGGUUGGGCCAGAAACUAUUCUACGCCUUAGUUGAUCCUGGAGAUCUGGAAAUAAUCAUGAAUAGCCCUCACGCGCUGGAGAAGGACGAGUUGUACCAGUAUGCCGAACCCAUUGUGGGUACCGGAUUGUUCACCGCCCCAGUGCCAAAAUGGAAACGCCACCGUAAAGUGAUAAUGCCGACAUUCAAUCAGCGCAUCCUCGACGAGUUUGUGCCGGUAUUUGCCGAACAGUCCGAAAUACUCUUGGAGCAGCUGAAGAAACAAGUUGGAAAGGGCAGCUUCGACAUCUUUCAACUGGUCAGCCGUUGUACCUUGGAUAUUAUCUGCGAGACGGCAAUGGGAGUUAAGGUGGAGGCGCAGACUACAGACUCAGAUUACGUCAAGUGGGCUAACAAGGCAAUGGAGAUUAUGUUUACGAGAAUGUUCAACAUUUGGUACCACUUCGAUUCCAUAUUUAACCUUACACAAAGCGCACGUGACCUUCUCGACGUCCAGACCAAGAUGAAAACGUUCACUGGAGCCGUUGUAAGAAACAGACGGGAGGCGUACCAGAGAAAGAUGAGGGAACGAAGGCAACUACCGGAGGGGUACGUAGACAAAGAGGCGCCGACUCGAAAAACCUUCCUUCAACAGCUCAUCGAGUUGUCCGAAGGAGGGGCCAACUUCACAGAUGAUGAACUGCGGGAAGAGGUCGACACAUUUAUGGUGGCGGGAAGUGACACCACUGCGUCGAUGAACAGUUUCAUAUUCAUCAUGCUUGGAAUGCACCCAGAUGUUCAGGAAGAAGUCUACCAAGAGGUGCUAGACGUACUCGGGCCAGACAGAGCAGUAGAAGCAGCCGACCUUGGUCGUUUCCACUACAUGGAGAGAGUGAUGAGGGAGACCAUGCGCAUAUUUCCCGUCGGACCUAUACUGGUUAGGGCAAUCACCAAGGACCUUCAGCUAGAGAACUGCGUGAUACCGGCCGGAAGUUCAGUGGUAAUGGUGAUAAUGCAAACGCACAGAAGCGAAAAGAUUUGGCCGCAUCCGCUUAGGUUCGAACCCGACCGUUUCCUACCCGAAGAGGUAGCCAAACGACAUCCAUACGCUUGGUUGCCAUUCUCUGGUGGUCCACGUAACUGCGUUGGUCCUAAAUAUGCAUUUAUGGCCAUGAAGGCGCUCAUCGCUACCGUCGUCAGGCGAUACAAAUUUAAGACCGACUAUAAGUGCAUCGAGGAUAUCGAACUGAAGGCUGAUUUGAUGUUGAAACCGGUCAACGGGUACAAUGUUUCGGUCGAAUUGAGGGAAUAACAACAAUUUAUCAGCGCACAAUUACUUUAGAACUAUUCGUGUUGCAGUAUAAACUUUUUUACUCGCC